AUGGCGACGGAGAUCUCGUUGGAUCUGAUAAAUCAACUCAAGGUCUCGCUUCGGAAGGAGGCCAAGCUCUCCUCCUUCGAUCCCGUCGGCGACUCCUCUACUAUCCCCAGCCUUCCCACAGCUGCGGAGGCAAUCGCAGAAAUCGAUGCUUCGGCCCCGUACCUCCGUUGCCGUAGCUGUAAGGGAAAGCUUCUGCGAGGGAUCGAGUCUCUGAUCUGCGUUUUCUGCGGCAAGCAGCAACGGACGAGCGAUAAUCCUCCUGAUCCCAUCAAGCUUACCUCCACUUCUGGUUACAAAUGGUUUCUCAGCUCUCUUAAUCUGGACGGAUCGGAGAUGGUAGAGCCACUAAAGGAAACGAAUGGAUCAAGCAGAGGAGCUAAGGCACCUGUAGUUAAAGGAAUUGCUGUGUCGAAGUUUCUUGAUUUGGAAAUACAAUGGUCUGCAAUAGAGGAAAAGUCUAUAAACAAUGGUCCCGAAUCAAUGCAUAAUCUGAGACUAGGAGGACUUAGUGUUGACGAUUAUUUUGUUGAAGGAAGAGGAGAUCUUUCCAAAGUGGAUCCGGCAGCGAGCAAACCCGAACCCGUGGAGGAUGAUUUCAAUGAUCCACGUAGUCUUAGCUUAUUUGAUAGUGUAAAGACUCAGGGAGUUGUUGAGUCACAGCAGAGUGAAAAGUUUGGUUUGUUUAAGGGAGAAGAUGCCCAGAAGAAUGUUUCAUCUCAAGAAGAGAAGAAUCUUAGUUUGUUUGCAGGGCGAGAUGCUCAGGAUAGUGUAUCUUCGGCAGAGCAGGGAAAUUUUGGGUUCUUUGAGGAAAAGGAUGCUCAUCAUUCUCUUAAAAAGGAUGAAAACCUUAGUCUGUUUGAGGGAAAAGAUGCUCAGAGGACUAGUUCUUCUAAAAACGAGGAGGGUUUUGGAUUCUUUGAGAGUAAAGAUGCUCAGAGAAAUAGUUAUUCUAUAGACGAUGAGAGUUUUGGUUUGUUUGAGAGUAAAGAUGCUCAGAGAGUUAGUGCUUUCAAAGAGGACGGAAAUCUUGGUUUGUCCGACGGUAAAGAUGGUCAGAAAGAUAGUUCUUCUAAAGAGGAUGGAGAUAUUGGUUUGUUUGAGGGUGCACCAUCAUCAAAUGCUGGCCUUAAGUCUUUCGAUGACAAAGUUGUUGCCUCUUCGUCUGAUUGGGAUUCUGACUUUCAAUCUGUUUCCCAGGAUAAAAGUAGUGGCGAUCCGUUUGUAAGUUCUCCGGUUGAUUUGGCUGCUCAUAUGGAUUCUGUCUUUGGUUCCGGAAAAGAUUUUCUCUAUGAAAAACCAGCAGAUUCUUCAGCUGCUUAUGUUUCCAAAGCUGGUGACUGGUUGCAAGAUGAUUUAUUUGGUAAUGUUACUGGCAAGACUCAGAGCAACGACCAUGAUAAGAACGAGGGAGAGGUUGUGGGCGGCAAUGGAAAUUCAUCAAUGGAUAUUGAUUGGAUUGGAGAUGAUCUAUGGCAAACCAGUGAAAAAAAACCCAUUGAGAAGACUCCUACAGAUGACAAUGAUGAUGAUGAUGAUGACGACUGGAAUGAUUUUGCAAGCUCGGCUAACUCCAAGACUCCUAAUAUUCCGCUUUCUCAAUCCAUGGAAAGCUCUCAAGAGGAGAUAUUUGGUGAGAAGCAGAGCACUGGUACAAGCAUGAUAUCUGACAUAGCCAAAGGUGGAGAAGAUGAUCUCUUUGGAACUUGGGAUAGUUUCACAUCCUCGGUGCAGCCUCCCGCAAACAAUGUGAAUUCAUUUGCUGAGAAAAAUCCGGAAAUGAACUUGUCUGGGGCAAAUAACAAUCACCGAGACCUUGAUUCUGAUUUGUUUUCGGAAAGCAUUGGAGGCCAAGCCAGCUCAGUGGAAGUCAAAGCCAUCCCUUCUGGAACCUCAACCUUAGAGAGGACUUGUGAUCCUGAUGGUAAAGAUCAAACACUUGAUCUUGUAGGCACAACAACAAUAUCUCCCAAGUCAAAGAGUGAUGUCGCAGAGGAACUGAUGUCACAGAUGCAUGAUCUCUCAUUUAUGCUCGAGACCGAACUCUCUGUGCCUCAAGUCUCCAAGACAGAGUAA